UGCGUCAAUUUGUCGAAAAAUAAACACGAAAUUGUAAGAUCAAUUAAAAAGUGGUUAUAAACGAAAUUUCUUAUUCCAAAACUUAAAAUGCCUAAUAUAAAAACAAUAUCAAACUCAAUACGGACAGCCUCUAAGCGGCCAUUUAGAGUAUCGAUAGAAGGGAAUAUUGGAUCUGGAAAGUCAACGUGCAUAAAACAUUUUCACAAGUAUAAAAAUGUGGAAUCCCAUCCUGAGCCGAUAAAAGAGUGGCGGGAUGUGAGCGGUCACAAUCUACUGGGACUGCUGUACAGUGACAUGAACCAGUGGAGCUUCGCCUUUCAACAUUAUGUCCACCUCAGCAGGCUGAAGAUCCAGACAAGUCCACCCAGCAACUCUAACAUCACCGUCAAAAUGUUUGAAAGAUCAGUACAAAACAGCAGGCACUGUUUUGUAGAGAAUGCCAAGAAACAGAAUUUCCUAGAAGAAGCGGAGUACCAGGUACUUCUAGAAUGGUUUGACUACACGGAGAAGAAUUUAGACAUCUCCUUAGAUCUUAUAGUAUAUUUAAAGACAAAUCCAAAAAUAGUUUGGGAGAGAAUGAUGAAGAGAGGUAGAGCUGAAGAGGCAGAGGUGCCAUUGGAAUAUUUAGAACAGGUUCACGAAUCCUACGAGAAUUGGCUUAGUUCUCCAGACGUGGGCUGUGAGGUGCUGACUAUCGAUGCUGAUAGAAGCUUGGACCAAGUCAUCGCAGAUUUAGAGAGAUACAGCUAUAAGAUACUAGGGGGAAACCAUACUAAUUGAUUUCAUAUAGUUUGUUGGUACCGCAGCUACCUCAGUUAUAUCUGUUGUUUUUAGUAUACUUUAGAAAAAAUAUACCUUUCCUAUGAUGCUCAAACUACUGACACUACUGUACUGUAGGGCCUCUAGGAUGCCACACUAAGGCCGUGGCCUAUAACGCCCUAAUUAUAAAUCCUGGGCUGUGACAUAGCAAGGGUUGGUUAGUUUUUAAUAAUUAACAUACUUAAUGACUUGACAUUUAAUAGAACUUAUUAGUUUUUUUUUUUUUGGAAAUUUUACGAGUAGUACAAUGACUUUAAAGUUUAAUUAUAUUAAGCUCGACUUACUGUUCCUUUAGAAUUUGGAUAUUAAUCCAUCCAUCUAUCCAUUUUAAGAGUAUUAAGUAACUUAUCUAGGAUUAUUUAUUUUUAUUUAAAAAAUAAUACUUACU